AUGGAACCAGAACGCACUCUCUCUCCAGAACCAUCGACGUCAAAAACAAAACCAAUCAAAUCGGAGGAAGUAAAAAUCAUCGAAUGGGAAGAUUACGAGCACGAAGGCGCAAGAUUAUGGAGCCUCUCUUCUGCUCUUAACGAAUCUAAACAGAAGAAGCAAAUUUUAGAACAGAAACUCCACUCUCUCAUUCAAGUGGAAGAGGAGGCAUUAAAUAGAGUAAAUGAAUUGGAGGAGAUGAAGGAAAGAGUGUGGGCUCGGAAAUCGGUGAUAGAAAAAAUGAGAGUGCAAUCUAAGGUCGUGGAAGAGAAUGCAAAAAAAGAAGAGGAGAGACUUAGUUCAGAAGUUCGAUCGUUAUUGGUUGCGGGUACUGCGCUUUCUGCAGCUAAAAUGAAACCUUUUCUUAGAAAUGAAACAUGUGAUUGGUCCCUGAUUAAUGCUAUAAGGUUUGCCAUGUAUGGCACUUGCACACUGGCUUCAGUCCAGGCAUUUGUACUUAGUCUUAGCAAAUCUGAUGCGCCCAAAAUGCAAUUUAGAGGAUACGGUUUGGUCAUACAAGAUGAAUCAAGAAGGUCACUUGCCGGAGAAAGGGGUUAUCUUUGCUUCGCAAAGUUGCAGAAGAAGCUAAGACUGAGGCAACAGUAUAUGGUAGCACAAGUUUCGUUGCUUUAUCCCAUCAAGAUAUCAGCUGGACCUUCAGAGGAGCAAGAACUUGAAUCUUUUCCAAGUAGUAGUAGAUCAGGGAAUUAUGCUGGAUCUAAACCUGUUAAUCAAGCAUCCUUGACAAUUUUGGGUCUGCAUUUGUCAAUGCUUCCUUUUACAAAGAUGAGUCUUUUCACUGACAAGAAGGAGGUUCAGAGGUCUGCUAGUGCCCUCGGAUACGUUGCUCAUGCUGUUUCACUUAUUGCCUCCUACUUAAAAGUGCCUUUGCGUUACCCAUUACGUUUGGGUGGUUCCCAUUCCUAUAUUAUUGACUCUGCACCUUCAAUAGACCCUACAUCAUCUGAUCUGUUGUCAAGUACAUCGCCUAAUGCAAAUAUGAAGCCUGUUGAGUUUCCCCUCUUUUUAGAAGGUCAAGAUACAACACGAGCAGCUUAUGCUGUAUUCCUGUUAAACAAGGAUUUGGAGCAGCUUUUGAAUUACGUUGGUGUUAGAAGUUUAGGACCGCGGCAUGUAUUGGCUAAUUUAAAGGAGCUUACAAGGACAAUUCAGUCUGCAGAAUUUUUAGACACAUGA